AUGAAUUUUGAACAUAACAGCCCAAUUCCGACGUCUGCCGACCAGCCUUUGAAGCAGUCUUCGUCUUUUAGCUCCAUUCAUGCCCAUUUCAACAAGCUAAGUGUCCAAACUGGCGGUGGAAAUCUUGAUAAUAUGGAAAAUUCAAUUAAUCAAGGUUUUACUCGUACUGUUAAUCCGCUCUCGAAUGGCGUACGCGCCCCAUUGAGUAGAACCACCUCCUUGAUGGAUUCCAUAGGCAUUCAAAGAGCCUCGAGCCCUUUCACUCCAUCUAAGAGGGAUCCCUUCGACGCUUUACAAAGUCAAGAUCAUACUUUACUCAACUCAUGGAAUCACAAUCCAACGGAUUUUCCAAUGAAUAAUGGACCUGUUCAAGUGCCAGCCCCAUUAACUGCUCAGGAUCCCAUGUCGCGGAUUGGGGACUUCAGUUCUGCAUUACCUUCUAAUUCAAUGAUGCCAGGUUAUAACACUACUCCCGGCACUCCUUCAACAUUUACAGGAAAACGAUUUCCUGCUUUCCACUCACCUGCAGUUGCACUCGAUCCAAUGUCGCGUCAACCAUCUCAAUGGAAGUACUUGGAUCACCAGGGCAACAUUCAAGGUCCAUUUGACUCAUCAAAUAUGUCGCUAUGGUUCAGAAGUAACUAUUUCCAACCCGCUCUCCAAAUAUGCAGAGUUGGAACUAGUCCUGAACCAUUGGGUAUCAAUAAUAAAUUCAUUCCAUUGGGUGAAUUAAUGGCCAAAUUAAAUAAUUUCACAGAUCCAUUCACUUGUUUUGAUGACAUUGCAGCAACGGCCACUGCGAUCCCUGCCAAUAACAAUGCCAAACCAUUCAAAUCAAAUACUAAUGAUAAUAAUGUAACUCCAAAGGCUAAAGUGGAAAGUGAUGAUUUCACUUUCGACGAAAUUUUACAUUUGAAGGACAGUGAAGGCGGAUACUAUCACGAAGUCGCUGUUCCAGUACCAGUAAAUAGAAAACAUGUCAAAAAGAUAGAUUAUGACACAAUAAUUGAAGAUCGUAAACUACCUGAGAUUUUUGAAAUUAAAGAAACUUUGUGUUAUCAUAAACUGGACAAAAAUGGUGUUCCAAUUGAACCAGCGUCGGCCAAUCAGCCGCUGGUUCAGGAGGUUAAAGAAAUCGAAGCUGUAAAGACAUCAGUCGAAGCUGUAAAGACAUCAGUCGAAGCUGUAAAGACAUCAGUCGAAGCUUUACCUGUUCCAAAAGAGAUUCUAGAAACUAAAGUUGAAGAAACAUCACCUUCCAAAAGUGCAAAACAAACUAAUGAUGACAAAGAACGUAAACUUAAGGAGAAGGCUGAAUUGAUGGCUAAAAAAUUAUUAGAAGAGCAAGAAAGAGAUGAAUUGGAAAGAAAGAAAAGAGAAGAACAACGUAAUUUGAAGAAGCAAAAGAAAUUGAAGGAACAGGAGGAGAAGAAAUCAAAAGCCAAAAAGGAAGCUGAAGAAAAGGUGAGAAAAGCUGAAGAAAAGAAACAGAAAAAUGCUGAAGAAGAGGAUAAGGAUGGUGCUCAAAAUCAAAAUCAAAUUCCAAAGACAACCGUGGCACCUUGGGCUGGUAAGAUCAAAGAAAAGCCUUCUAUCAAAGCUGUGUCUAUUGCUGAAUUACAAAGACAAGAAGACGAAAGGCAGGCAAAGGUCGAAAGAAGAAAACUUGAAGAAGCUGAAAAAUUGAGCCAGCAAAUUUUGAAGGAAGAAAGAGAAAAGCAACAAUUGAAAUCGGUCUUAACUUGGGCAAAUAAUCCAUCUUCCAACUCUGUACCAAUCAAUAUUAAUAUCAAGUCACAGUUGAAGAAGUUGCCUAUUAAGUCGUCACCCACCACAGCAAAGGCGUCCAUUACCCCCGUAGCAAAAGAAUUUGAGGAUCCAAGUUUUAUUGAAGAGCAAAAGAAGAUUUGGGAACAAGUUCAACGUACCAGUAAAACUAAAACUGCUACGACAACUGUUUCUAGCAAUGCAAAUAACAACGCAUGGACUACUGUAUCAUCGAAAUCUGCCAUGACAACAAAUAAAAAUUCAACGAGGCAAAUUGGUUCAUCUACUAGUAUCCCUGGCUUAAAAGUCAAAAGUACACCAGUUGCUGCGUCAAUUCCAGCUGCAUAUCCAGGUAAUGCCUCAAUUUCCCUACGUAGAGAUUUCUUAAAAUGGUGCAAGUCUCAAAUGAAAUUAAAUCAAGGUAUCACAGCAACUAAUGUAUUGGAAGUCCUUUUGAGUUUGCCUGCCGGUCCAGAAGCAAAAGAAAUUAUUGCUGAUACUAUCUAUUCAAAUAGUUCUAUGAUGGAUGGUAGAAGGUUUGCAACUGAAUUUGUCAAGAGAAGGGUUGCCUGCGAAAAGGAAGUGAACGAUCCAUUGAGUUGGAGUGAAGCACUUGCAUUACCAGAAGGUAAUGCUGAUGACUGGGAGUUCCAGGUAGUGAGCAAGAAAAAAGGUAGAAGAUCUUAG